UGGAGGCGGGCGGGCAGACGGAGUUCCAGACGUCGUUAGAGAGGCAGAUGGAGUGUCUGCUUUAAGUGUCAUUAUGUUUCUGCAGUAUUAUCUUAACGAGGAGGGAGACCGGGUCUAUACGCUGAAGAAGCUUGACCCUAUGGGACAGCAGACCUGUUCAGCCCAUCCUGCUCGGUUCUCCCCAGACGACAAGUACUCGCGACACCGAAUCACCAUCAAGAAACGCUUCAAGGUGCUUAUGACCCAGCAACCGCGCCCUGUCCUCUGAGGGUCGCUCGUAUUUCGUGUCUCUUCUCCUACCCCUCGGAGACUCUCCGUAACCAAGCUCUGCAGUCUGUGAACCUUGGAGCCCUGUUGACCACCCUUGCCGUUUGGAAUCCAGCCUUUGAUCUUGCUCCUGUGUUAAGGAAUCAUGGUGGCAUUUCCUUUAAAGGGAAUAAAUUGGAAUUUUCAUACUGUGAAUCGCUGUCAAGUUAUUAAAAACAAAAUGACUUGAAAGCGCUUUUACUUUGUGUGUUGUGCGAAAAAAGGAUGGGUUAAAACACAAAAAACGAAGUAGAUGGGGGGAGAGGGAUACCCCAGAGAGUUGCAACGAGAUCACUUGGAAGAAAAACUUCAGGUGCUGGCUGCAGCGGCAGUAGUGAGGUGCUGUUAACUGAUGGGAGCGAGGGUGCUGGGGAAGGGAGAAAGUUUGAGAAAGACUUCUACAACUGUCAGCCAUCACUGGAGAAUACCCCUGUUGUCACUUAAAUAAUUUCUUGCCCCUUGAAAUGACAUUUUGACUCAAAAUGGAAGAGUUGCUUGAAAAAGUAAUAACAGUAGUUGUACUGAAUUUGAAGUCAGGAGACCAGGGUUCUCCCCUCUUUGUAUAACUUUAGGGAAGUCACUUCAUCUCCUUGGUCCAUUUUUCUCAUCAUUCCAAAGUUCUUUGCCAACUCUAAAGUUGAUAAGGUUCAUUGAUUUCCUUAAUUUGUCUACAGUGUUUGUCCAAACUUUAUGAAUGUCAGUGCCUUCUUACAUAUUUAUUGUCCCUCUGGAAAUAUUCCCAGGGUUUUAGUUCUGUCCAUCAAGGAUUUGUCUUUUUACCUACACCUAAGUUUUUGUUUUCUCUGGCAGCUACUGUGUGGAACUCUACAUGGAUUUUAAUUUAGAAGAUGAGAUAUGAGAGAUUGAAGUAGGGAUUUUUUUUUUUUUUCCAAAUUACUGUUGGGGUUAUGGUAAUAAAAAGAAAACUGGGAGAAAUUUCAUAGGACUUGAGCUUCUAUCAUGGGCAACCACAAAUGAUUUUGAAUCCAGAGACAAAAUACUGUAUCCAGGCAUUCAAGAAAUGCUAACUUGCUUCUUCCUCUGCUUGUCAAGUUAAUUGACCCAUUAUUUCCCAGUCU